AUGGAGGCACAUUCAAACGCCAAAGCUCUCCUCAUCACUCGGGGCGUUGAUUCAUGGAAUACCUCCGUCAUGAAAAGUAUCUGGUGGCGUGCCACCGAUCUGGAACAUCGGCUCACUUCCAACUACAGCUGGGCAGCCGGCAUGUACUACCCCAUGCUUCAGAAAUUCUUCGACAUAUGCUUCACAGGCGAUUUUCCCAACAAGGGGAAACAGAUCUACCUGAACCAUGUUGAAGGGGUACGCAACCUUGCCCAGAAGGAACGAUUACUCUAG